AACGAAUUUAUUUUGGGGUUACGCUUAGAAGCCCUUUUACACGUUACGUAGUUCUCAGCGUCGAGUUGGCGAGCCAGUGAUCGAAAUUUGAUUUUCAUGGUCGCAAACGUAGAACUGUUAUUUUAUUCUAAAAUAAGAAUCAACGUAGCGACAACUCCCAGAGUUUAAAAUAUCCAAUUUUUCAUCGAAUCGGAAUACAAUUGUCAUUCGGGGGAUAAGAGGCAAAACUCCAUUGACAAAAUGGUGCAACGUAGGUAAACGCGACAACGGUACUUUUUCACGUGUAAACAUAAUGGUUUUACGUAACCGACGUUAAAAUAACCGUGCACAAAACGGUAUUUCAAAUACGAUAUAAAAAUCGACGAAAUAAAAACGAAGAAAUGAUUUUCGCGCUGCAUUGGCGCUGGCAAUGCUUCUGCGAGAAGUGCAACGCCAGGCCAAUGAGAGGACGGAUAGGUUGUUGCACGCGACCAAUUGCGGAUUUCCACUCACUUGCACGCAGAAAGUUGCACCAAUGUUGGUUUCCAAUCUAAAUUAAUUAUUUUCCGGAACGUUGUUCGUGGGCAGUGGCCUUGAUAGGAAAACCCGAUUCUGUCCGAGCAGUGUACUUAAUUAAUAAAUCGAUCGAUCCGCUUGAAAAAAAGCGAUCCCCCGGCCGUUGACCGACGUGUCAGCCUUGAUGGAGCCAGCGACAACUGUGUGGAACUUAGUGAUGGGGCUGCUGUAAUACGGUGGUUUAGGUCGCGCGUGUUAUGCACUCGUCAAAUUGUAUCGCCACCCCGGUUUCGAUAACUAUAACCUUGAGUGUAUUCACUAUUGCGGGACUACGUCAAAGGUGACAACGGGCCAAGAGUAUUCGGCUUUAUUCGACUCUAAGCAACUGCGCAAGGGGGGCGCGAGGUGUCGGUGACAAGGUGUAACUUAACCUUAAAAUGCGAGCAUCCGUGAUCAGCAAUGUGAUUGUACUGUUCGGGCUGCACAUUUUGUAUUGGUGUUGCAACGCGGUUGACGCGAGCGGCGGAGCCCUCGACGCGAGCCCGAACUUCCAGCCCAGCUCCUCCGGAAGCUCACAUUCCAAACUCUCAGCAUUCUCCGCCACUCUGACCGAUGGACUGGCUCAGGCUGUGGCUCAAGAAGCUGGUUUAGAAGCUAUCAAAUCGCUACACAGUCAACUAGAUGAUGAUGCCAAUGGAAAUGUAGACCUAUCAGAAUCAGAUGAUUUUUUAAGGGAAGAAUUACAAUAUGAAGCUGGCUAUGAGAGAAGGCAGAGGGCAUUCCAUCAUAAUGAUGAUAUGCACAUCAGUGUUAGAGAACUUUGGGAAGCCUGGUUAAGGUCAGAGGUCCACAAUUGGACUAUAGAGCAGACAUCAGAAUGGUUGUCUACUAAUGUAGAGCUUCCUCAAUAUGUUCCUACUUUUAUACAACACCGUGUAACUGGUGCUACACUUCCAAGGUUGGCUGUAAACAAUAUGCACUAUCUAAACAAUGUUUUGGGAAUUAAGGAUCCCAUUCACAAACAAAAGAUUGCCUUAAAAGCUAUGGAUGUAGUUCUCUUUGGACCACCAAAAGAUACUGGUCAUAGCGUCAAAGAUUUGAUAUUGAUAACAUUAUUAUUUGGAGCACUUAUUGGCUGCUGGUACGCGUAUCAGCAGAAAAAGAAUUCACAGAAACAUCUUCACAGAAUGAUGAAGGACAUGGAGAGUUUGCACAAAGCUGAACUGGCACUCGAAGACCUGCAAAAAGAAUUGGAAAGAGCACGAAUGGAACAAGAAAGUGCUGCAACGGAGAAACAAAAUCUAGAAAAACGUUUGCAAGAUGAAAGUAUGGGAUUACAUGCUUCUUACUCGGAUCUUGAGGUUUCACAGUUGAAAGCAGAAAUUGAAAUGUUGAAAGCUCAGUUACAACGCGCGGAAGGUGAACUGGAAGAUAGAUGUUGGUCCCCACCUCCAGGGCUGCAGCAUUGGUUACAGUUAACUCAUGAAAUUGAGAACAAGGCGUACUCGAAGAAGAAGAUAUCCGCGGAAAAACAAUUGCAACAAGCACGAGAGGCUUGCGAAAAAUUGCGAAAGAAACGAUCGAGCUUAGUGGGGGCCUUUGUUUCAACACACGGGAAAUCAAUUGACGAAGUUGACAAAAGUAUCGUCGAAGCAAGGACUGCGCUGAACGAAGUCACCGCGGAACUGCAGGAAAGAGUGCACCGUUGGAAGCAAAUCGAGCUUCUUUGUGGUUUUAACAUAAUCAACAAUAAUGGUCUAACCUAUUUAGAAGCUGUUCUCUACAGAGGAACACCUAACGGCAGAGGUCUUGGACUAAGAGGUCGACUCAGUAGCCAAGAUGACUUAGAUGACGAAACAAGCUCAAUGUACUCGCCUUCCACAUGCGGUGCCGCAGGUACGCUGGACAGUGUAACAUGGAAGGAGUCGUCCGCGCCUCCAGACUCGUCCAGCAGCGAGACAGGGAAGGACACGCCGCCGGAGAGCAACGUGGUGCACUUCACUGUGGGCGAGGGUCCGGAGGAGCCAGCGAAGUCCUACAGCAAAGACAAGACAGGGAUAGUUCGUUCCUACAGUCAGGACACCAAUAUGCUGUUGGCCAUAGACGACAAGACUACCUCAGCAUUCCUGUCGAAGACAUCUUACUCGGAGAACUCAUUGGACUCACCGGUCCCGGAGAGGCCAGCGCAGCAGCAGAAGGCGUCUGCUGGUCAGCCGGCGGUCACCGCGGCAAGCACAACGACUGCGAUGACCACAACGUCGUCGGGCAGCCUGAAGAAGUCAACGAAGGAGCUGCCGACGGUGUCCGUGGACGAAGAGACGCUGUCCACCGACUCGAACUCGACCACGGACAACGACGAGCUGAAGCGGCGGCGACGGAAGUUCCCUCAGUUCCCGCCGUUCCGGAAGAACAAGGCUAAAGUCACGUGAUGCUCGUCGUCAUGCUAGUCAUAACAUAAUCGUGCAUCGUUUAUUCCUUACUUAACGCUAACUCUUACGAUUAGUUGGUAAACCGCGACGUGCACUUAACAAUUAAUCUUCGAGAACCGGUUGAUCAAUGAUUUAGCGAUUAGAUACUGCCGGGUAUGUACAUAUACGUUCACAGAGACACGGACAUACAUGGCGUCCCAUUUCGGUCUUCGCACGAGCAGUCGGCUGCUGAUCUAUUCGCUGUGCAAAUGGAACUCAGUCUGCUUCGAGAAGCGUCUCGGUUAGGUCGCAGGUUUUGUUAUACUGAAUGACCUUGAAUUUAGAGCAAUAUAAUUUAAACAGAUACUUUCCAACGUGGGUUACAUGUGUGAUUAAACAAAAGGUUGUCUUGAUGGUUUGGAAUCACAGUUGGUAGAGUUGUGCUCAUCGCGAGACGUUCUCCUUGAGGCAGAGUGAGUUCUGCUUUUAACAUUUUUUGAAUAAUAAAUAGCUUGGCAGGUGAUUGCCAGGUAAGACUGAAAUGGGACAACUCCUAUACUUGGUAGAGAGGUAUCUGUAGUCGUGUGGAACACAUGGAUUGGUUGGUCCUGUGAAGGAUGCGAUUUGAUCACUGGUGCAUCGUUGCUCGUUUAACAGCUUGGCUCACUAUUGGUCUGAAAAAGAUUGGAAGGGUUGAAACAAGUCUUGUGUAUUAUGGAUAAGAUUGUAAUUUUAAUUAUUAAUUAUUGAGAUCAAAGGGGAUGCAAUCAUGAGUAUUCAAGGGUUGAGUUGUCACGAGGAUGCACCAGUAUCAGACUGACCAAAUGGCAAUUGUAUGAUGAUAGAAAUAAUUGUUAGUCCAGAUGGUCAGUAAAAUUGAUCCCAGGACCAGCUUGAAGAGAAGUGUAUUUCUAUCAGUGAUCGUGUUCCGCACAGCUACUGUCGCAUAGGAUGUUUUUGGUGCCCCGGUGUGCUCCCAUUUUGCCAAAUGUUUACUUUGAACCGCGAACCAACGAAUACGGGUUGGCCGAGACACCACCAAAGCGACGUCCGACCUAGAUAGCUAGAUUGUUAAGCUCAUGAUACCGAAAUUGUUCAGCUAAGACAAUAUCUUGGCACAGGGAUGGGCGACCAGUUGAAUCCUAAGCUGAAAACAGCUCUCUGUCUUCCUAAUUUUUUUAUGCUCACUCUCUCUCUGUCUCUCUUUAUCUCUUUUUCCUUCUCAUCAGCUUUUCUAACAGUUCUUUUUACGUUCCUUUUUAUUUAGAUAUACGUUUUUCAGUAUUUGACGUUAUUACGGCUGUGUAAGAGGUAGAAGCUUCUAGAAACAUACUCCUAGUGACAACAUGAACUAGCAAGAGGGCUUUUUCUUAGGGUAGCACUCGUAGAAGUCAGUAUACAUUCAAAUUUUAUGUGAUCUUAUUUAAAGUCUCUUUGAAGAGAAAGAAUCUCAAUUGGCUGUAUUAGGUCUCUUUUUUUAAAUUAAAUGUUCUUGGUGUUGCGUGUCUUCCACAAACAGUGAAACUGUCAUCAGAUGGAUUUCCUUUUGAGUCUCUUUCUGAAGGAGCAAAGCUAAAUAGUCUAGGUUCUCCGACCACUUUUGUUGGUAAGAUUUUUUUAUCAUAGUAUUAUUAUAAAUUUAUUGAAAUGUACUCAGCUUAUUAUCACAGUGCUUCCGCAAUGAAUAUGGCUAGGUCUAGUGAUCAUGGAGAAGUUAUAAAAAUGUAAAUACAUAGAAAAUAUUUGUGUUCUCAUGAUUACCAGUUCUAGUAAUAUCAUCAAUUUUGAUACUUUGAUCAAUGUACGUGCUUUACACGAGAAGUCACAAGUAACUGCUGUUCUGAAAUAAUAUCUAAAGUGCCGGUAUUACCAGAAAAUAGGGCAAGAAAAUUUUCGUUGAAUUUUCUCAAUUUUUCUGAACCACAUUUCAAAGUGUUGUGUCACUUCUUCGUCGUCCAGUCUCUCUGAAGGCCAGUAAAAUCUAUCCAUGAACUUCCAAGAAAGUAUUUUUCCUGUUCCUCUGUGACUAGGCCUAAAUCAAAUGAAAUUAUGCAACCGCUGACAGGUUUCUUUUUGAGGAUCAUUUGAACGGACAAUUUCCAGUGUCUAGCAUUAUCAUUCAAGGUAUUGUCGAUCUCCCUUACUUUGAUUCAUAAAUGUUUAUCGCUUAAUUAUCGCCCAUCCCUGCGUUGAAUCCUCCGAGACACGUUCUCAGUCAACAAAAAUGAAAUUCUGACACACCAAGGCUCCCUGUUUCUGUUUCCCUUCACGAUGAUAUUACUGGUUAGUACGAAUUUCUGGUAAUCGCAUGGAAUAGAGUCUGCCUAACACAUUUCAAUGACAUUGCGAUAUGCCAUGAAGGUCAAUGCCUUGAUGAAUUUCACGUGUACGUUGCAAUUAUCGUACAGCUGCAAUUUCAAUGCGACGACCUUGACAACAUACUCCAUAGUUAUUGGAGUCAACGAGUUGAACUCCAUUCUCUAUAAUUACCGAAUCUUUUUCCCACUUGUUUUCCUUUUCCAUUCGUCUGUCUUCAGGCUUCCGUCGUUGUACAGGCUGAGCACAAAUUCGAGGCUCUUCCGUAGUUUCAACUUUUCGUUUCCAGCUUUUAUCCAUGCGUUUUAGGUCUCUUUUUACGUAAGCGAAUUUAUUCUCUCGGUUCCAACGAAUCCGGUCGCUUCAGUUAAGUUCACCGCUUGUUCCGCUCGAACCCAAAAGUGUUCCACUUGUGAGGCGACCGGUAUAGUCAACCGAGUCCCCGCGGCCGCGCCGUAUGAAACAGAAUUCCACUCAGGACUUCUUGGGUGUUUCUGAGAAGCUGGGAAUGCGUACAACGUGCGAGCACGUGUUCCAAAGUAACCGAUAAACCGUAUACGAUAAGGACAACCGUCGAAGCGUAUUGGGUAAUCCGGUGGACAUUAUUAUGCAACGCACUAUUUAAUUACAUUGGCAUCGAAUUUUGCACGGACAUCUUUCCCUCGGAUACAGGUUCAAACGUUUUUGACACUGGAACCACCAAAUGAGUCAGAAUGACCCGUUUCUAAUUUCUUCUUUUAAAGUUACUGAAAAAAUUCAGAAGUUCUUAGAAAUUACUAAAUAAAUUGAUUUGAUAAUAUAUAAAUUAAAAUGUAAAUAAUCAAAACGUUAUUAAAUGUAUUUUCAUAAUUUCUGUGAGAAGAUAAAGGAGGAUCAUUCUGAGUGUCCAGUAGUUGUAGCGUUCGAAUGAUUUUAGACACAUUAAGAGUGUAAAAGAUGUACGAGUGACACGAUGGUCAAUGUAUUUAUAAUAUGUAUGUAUAUAUAUCAAAAAAGUUUCUAUAUCUUUAGAUUGCUGUUGCUGGUUAACGUCCCAGAAAGUUAAUAUUCCGUACAAAUGAUUUGAAAUAUCAUCCAUAGGAUUACCCGAUGAGAAAAUAAAUGAUUAGUCCUACACCGAACCAAGUUUCUAAUCCUCUGUGGUCCAGUGACAUUGUCGAGGUCAAUGGAAUUGUAAAUAGAGUAUUAUAAAGCAAUAACUCGUUAGAGUUCUCAUUUUAUAAACAAAUUUAUAAGUAUUAUUAGAUUUAUAAAUGCAACAAUGUUCAGUCACGGGCUGGAAACUCAAUGGGACCUCAGAGGAUUGCGAUCGCAACGGAGACGCGACGAGAAAACGAUUUGUGCUUGCCCCGUACGCAGAUAGCUUCAAAAUUGCGUUCGCGACUCUUCGAUUGAAACGAGAAAAAAAGGCAUUUUGUAGUCGCGUUGUCCGACUUUUUAACACGAGCGUCGUUUAACCUUGAACAUUUUUUUUUUCCUUUUUUGUUCUUUUAAACGUCUCGACCAUUUUAUCGCGACACCUUGUUGUACUUCACUUUUAGAAGUUAGAGAAUAGAGAGUUAACUUAUUGCUUCCCCCCCGUUUAUCUGUCAUUAUGUAAUUCCCUUGUUCCCUCGUCGAUGGGGAUCGACGACAGAACCAUGAUACAGGAUGAAGUGGUUUCCUCCUUUCGUAUCUUAAUUUUUUUUUAUAUAUAUUAUAUAUAUAUUAUUUAUACAUAUAUAUUAUAUAUGUAAGAAAUGUAUAUGUAAUAUCGUAUGUACAGAAGCUUAAACGCGGUGAGGCUGGAACUCUCUGAAACUUGUAUCUACACGUAAGAGGUAUAGUGUGAUAAGUAUUUGCGUGAGUUAUACAUCGAUGUUGUCACAGAAUGUGUGUGCAAUUCGUACAGACAAGUCUGACAAGCCUUUACCUCAAUCGACCAUCCAUGCAUUAGUUUCUGUUCGCCAGAUGGAACUUGGUGGAGGAUCACCGUAAAACUGGCAGUGUCUUUACAUCAUGAUUUCCAUUCAGUUAACAAACACUUCCUAUCGUUGUUAUAAAAUCAGAAGCUGGCCACAUAAUGUAACGACAAUGGCUUCAUAUUGUUCCAAUACUAUCAUCGCAUGUUAAUCUCUGAAAUCUCAGUAUUAAACAUUUCUUACCCAGCAUCCAGAAAUUUAAGGUUAUCGUACUUCAACGCUAAAACUGCCAAAGCAGACUGACUUGUCUCUGAUUCUUUCUAAAAAUCAAAAUAUUACCAUAGGAUUCGAAGCUCUAAUUUUUGUAUCUAUAAACACAAACAAUGAUUCGACACGUCCGGUAGUUCUAGCGUUAAGUCAAGACGUUUCUGUUAAACGUACAUACAAAAAGAAAUGUUGAAACAAUCCAUUUUUACUUGUCAAGAUGAUACUGGAUCCACGGAUGGUCGAGAUGAGAGCUUGUUGAUCGAUUUAGUUUCAUUUGGUUCCUAAAGCACGCUCACGAACCACCCUCAGGGAACCGAAACCAACUUCCGCUUUUGAUCUUCUCUUGUGCUACCUGAUGUACCCAUUUACGAUGUAUUAAGUUGUCGUGUAUUUCGAUUUUAUUUCGCUAAGAUUAGUGGAUUUGGUUGACCAUUGCGAAUUAUCACCGUAUGCCACGCUUCACUCGAAGCGUUUCUCACGCGAUGACGCGCAUUCCUUCUUUUUUUUUCUUUCUCUCUCUCUCUCUCUCUCUUCCUGUACCGGCUUCUUACUGUCCGGGUUGACAUUUAGCUCGCUCCCUUUCCCAACCGGCUCACUGACACAUUUCUAUCUCAGGAUUGAUUCGAUUUAAGCAGCGACUAAGAACGACGAAUUAAUGACGGCUGGCUGAGUUAGGCUUACCUUGGAUAAAGGUCGUUCGAUUUCGAAAGCAAUAUUUAUAGAAAGUUUCUGAUUUGAGGGAACGACAUAAUACAGGAAUUUUAAUGAGCCAUAAAAAUAGGAAAAAUGCAAAUGCUGUACUCCAAGGAUAAAGUACGUAAUAAUUUCAAACAAGGCUAUAUAGAAUUAAAUUCAUGACAGUGUGGUUUAUAAAUGUUAAUGUUAGUGUCUUUUGACACCUUCGGUAGAAAUAGUGUUAACACAUUCAGUGCCACAUGUACCAUACGUGGUACAGAAUUUCUGUAAGAGAAUAUUUUUAAGGGAUGGUCAAGAAUAGUAUACGUUACAAAACAGAGAGACCAUAAAGAAACAAUAUCAAAAUAUAUAAAAAUGACCAAGAACUUGAAUGUAACUUAAUAUUUCAUUCUCUCCGUGGCAUGGAACGUGUUAACCAAAACAAAUUGGAACUGCAAAUUUCAGUUGACAAUUGAGCCACUGAUUAGUCAAAUCGGUUGACUCCAUAAAACAGAAUAUAAAAUAAUGCAGUAGUGUAUAUUGAUUCUGAAAAUUCCUCUUUAACAAUUACUCUUUCUGCAAUAAUUAAAACAAUGAUGUGCCUCUGAGAAAUGAUUCAAAAUUUUGAUUCAACAAUACACAAACUGAAUUGUAAAUCAAAGUUUUAAUAGAUACAUUCUUGGAGUUUCCACAAAGGACUUUUAAAAAGACAAUUUAUUACUGAGUAAUUAUAAUGUUAAAUCAAAAUUCAAAUAAAUAGGAUAUAUUUUACCUUAUUGCAAAGUUUGCCAUUUUUCAUCCAAAAAAAUUCUUCUCAUUUAGCAAUACUAAAACCAAUAAUGUCAGUUAUUUCAAAUAUAAUUAGUUCAAAGUCUACGAAAUGCAUUAGUCAUAAAAUAUUCAAACUAAUGAAGCUUACCGAUUUCAUUAAUGAGCGGAUUAAUUAGGAUACGUUCCGUCAGAUUCGGACAGUUGACUGUGAAAAAUGAGCGGGAAUCCCCGAGCUCCACAGAAUCGAACUUAUCGAACAUCGACUCGAGCGACCUCUGUCGGUAACUCGAACGCCUUUCGAAUUUCCCGCCACCGUCGUUGACGUUCAAACGAAAAUUCGCGACGUUUAAUCGGAGAAUGCUCGUCACGCGGACCCGACGAUUGUAGACAGUGAAUUAUAUAAGAACGUACGCCGCGUAAAAGAGCAACGGACAGAGAAAAGACUCGCGUAGAAUUUCAUGGACCAAGUUCAAUUGAUAUCCGAAAGUGGAUCGCGCGUUGGGGGGUGUCGAAACGAUUUUCUAGGCUCAAUUAUAAAUAGAUAGUUGUACGGGAGAAAUUGUGAUUAAGGGUUUAGAGGAAUUGCGGGGGUUGUAACGAUCGAGAGGGAUUCUCGUUUUUAAAAGUAUUCUAAGAGAUGAUGCGCUUACCGAGAUCCGGUCGAUCGAGAUUUUAUGAAGAUGACGAUGCUUCUUUUCCAAAAGGGACGGGAGGGGAAGAUUCACGAGAAAGUUCUAUUCUUGGGGUCGAAGAGGGUGAGAGUAAAUUUUCUCUGUCUUCCCGCCUUUUCGUUUGACCCUUAACAAUCUACUUUUGGAUCGUAAGUGAUCACAUCCAACAGAUCAUUAGGAAUCUUGGAUAUUAAAAUGAAUGCUACAUUAUACAGAUUAUAAAUAUAUAAGUCAUUUAGAGGAAUAAUUUAUACGAAUGGAUAUAUUUGAAAGACCGUUGGACGAUACUGGAUUGUUAAGGGUUGAACCGUUACAUUUCUAACUUGAUGGAACAAACAUGGCCGCGAGCCAUUCGAAAGUGAACCGUUUACACACACUGAAAACUUGUCUCCGAAGCGUAAUCCUUGAGCCGUUCUCUGCACCACGAACGUUUCCGUGUUCGUCAUUCGCUAGAAUUUUUCUUCCUGUUCUCCUCCCCCCGAGUAAACAGAAAGUUCAUUCCCCCGAUGGUAGAACACUGUGCAAUUCGACUCUGCGGAUGAGAACGAAAAUGAAAAUGGAACAGUCGGAGCGUGGACCGUCCCUCGAAACCGUGUGUGCCGUCCUCGGACAAGAGCCACGAGGCUCGUUCGACGCAAUACCGAUCGUUAAAAGUAAUGUGCAAUUUUCAGAUUUUAUAACGAAUCGUUCGCUCGUUCGACGGGUGUGUAACCGGGCCGACCAUCAGACCAUUGUUCGAGAAUAAAAUGUGUCAGCUUCGUUCCCCGUGUCUUACUUCGUGUUGACCCGUCGAGUACCAUUCUGGAGACUCAUUUCUCCCCUUUCUCUCUUCUGUUUUCAUCGAGACACCGCGUCAUUACCGCUUUUAAUCCUCUCAUUCGCGAGACUCGCGGUGAUCCCAAACUCCCGACCGCCAGUCGUUCAGCGUUUUUUAAGUGUGAACCGUUGAUUUUUUGAUAAAUUCCCCUUUUUUCUAGAACAGUAGCGACUAGCGAGCCUAAAUAUUGCUCGAAGAACUUCCCCUGUAGCGAUAGAACCACGAAAAAACAGAGAGAAACUCGGCAGGCGUUGGCGGGUGAGUAAUCGUCGCGCCGACAAGAUGGCGGCCGUGGCCGAACUAGCACGCCGCUUCGAAGAAGAGAACAGAGAUCCGCGACGAUCGAUGUUACAUAUCACGCUCGAAUUUAGAUAUUUCAGUCCGAACGGGUUGAACAGGUCACUCUGUGUAAUCUGGGUCGUAAACUGGACCAAGUCGAUGAUUUAGUCGUGUUUGUACGGCGGAAAGUUUCACUCGCGUUAAGUCAUUUUGCCCCAGUAUGCUCGUUCGCGUGCGAUAUUCGCAGCAAAACGUUUCAUUUCUUUUAGUACACAUGUUUAUUAAACAGAUGUUUAUCGAUGCUGUCAAAAAGGCUUAAAUAUAUUAUUCUCUUGAAGAUUUCAAUAAGAGAAUUAUUUUCAUCGACAGUUUCAAUUGUUCGUGGGACAAAAUGGGUUAAACUCGAAGUGGGUCGAGAAUUUCGAAUUCUAAAGUAGAAUACCGCGGAGUUUAUGGACUCGCGUUACGAGUUGUUUCAUACAGAAAGUUCGAUGUGUCGAGGAGGGUCCGUGGCAAGAGCAGUUCGUCCGUUUCGAGGAUGAAGAGUACUUAAUGGGUCGGGAGUAGAAACGAUUGUCGUUUAACCCUUUGCGGACGAACGUGAUAAAACGUUCAUAUUUGGAAGACUAAGUCACAGAUAAAUAAUUUAACACUAAAACUACCGAAUAACAUUUCAGAAUGUUAAUUCUGCAAGUAUUUGGAUUAACACUAGGUUUACGGAACGCGUCAAAACCUUCAAAUCUCUUGAAGGUUUCGUACAUUUCAAAGAAUCUUCGUGCGCAAAGGGUUAAUAGGGCUCUCGGGCAAAGUUUAAACAAUUGCCGAUCGUGUAAGUGGAAUUUGCAAAUGUUCAGAGCGAAAGAGAAGGCUGUUUGCAUGUGGUCUGAUACUUAUCGGAAAAUGGCGCUGGUUGCUUACUUUCGACGAACGCUUCAAAGGACUGUGGCUCGAAUCAAAGGAACAGAGCUGGAUAAAAUUCUCAAUUGCUAUUUAAAAUAUUAAAUAUUAUAUAGUUUAUGUGAAAUAAUAUUUUAAAUACGAACCCGAGAAAAUGAAUCAAAGCAACUCGAGAAAAUGAAUCAAAGUCGCUCGAAAUGUUUCGAGGCGAAGUCAAAAGUAUUUUCGUUAUCGUGUUCGAAUGAAAUAAUGUUUUAUCCAGCGCUGAUCAGGACGAACGAAACUUCAAAUUUCCGUUAUCUCUGUUAUAUUAUCGUUGGUAGACAGCGCGAGUCUUCCUUGUAACGCGAGAGACCGAUUUUUCGAGAAUAAAGGAAUUACGAGAAAACGAAGGAGAUCGACGGAGAAUAAUUAUUUCGCUUCUCUUCGCUGCACGAGAAAUAUUAAAGAAUAUGUUAGAAAAUAGUCCAAAGAUGAAACGAUAGCUAGAAAUGUCUAAGAAAUACUAGAAAAUUAUAAUUUAAACGAAGUAAUGAGAAAACACGUCAAUUAAGAAACAAAGCUAUUUUAUAGAAAUAUCUCACCUAUCGAUGC